AUGGCAAAAUCUGCUAAUUAACAUAAUAGACUAUGUGCGUAAGCUACAUCACUUAAUGAAAAUCUACAGAUUACUAUUGAAAAAGGUUUAACCACUAAUAACUCUAAAAGUGGAGCCAAUAUCUUAGCCUAAGAAUAUGAUUGGAAUAAGGAUAAGGCUUUGAAAAUCUGGACAUUUGGACCAGAUGAUAUUGGCCAAAAAAAUUUAUGUGAUCAAACUACAGCAGUUCAACACAUCAAUGAAAUCAGAGAAUCAGUAUCAUUUGCUUGGUAGUAAUUUAAUUAGGAAGGAGCUCUAUGCUAAGAAAAUCUAAGAGGUGUUGGAGUCAAUAUUUUGGAUUGUGUUUUGAUUGCAGAAACAAUUCACAGAGGAGAAGGUUAAAUUAUCCCAACAGCUCUUAGACUGCAUUCAGCUAGUGAGUUAACUCCAUAGCCUAGACUAUAAGAACCAAUUUAUUGACUGAAGUAACUGUUCCAAAGCAAGUUACCGCUGGAGUUUACUCAUGUCUUAGCAUCAGACAGGGAAUCAUAAUUGAAGAAGAACAGAUAGUUGGUUCACCGCUAAAAAGAAUCCACCAGUGGUUUAAUCAUUUGUUUAUGCUGCUCAUCUAAAAUCCUUAACAUUAGGCUAAGCAUUUCCGGAAAGUCAAUUUGAUCAUUGGGCUGUCUUAAGUGAAGAGCUUGGAUUCAAAGCCAAUGAAAUAGUACUCAGUAUUCGUAAAAGGGAAGGAUUAGGAUCUUUAUUAGAGAAGCAUUAUUUAAUUUAAUAAGAUUGCAAUUUAAUAAUUAAUCCAUAAAAUAAUUACAUAACAUAGUAAACUAAACUUAUGCUUCCUAAACCCAAAGUUACUAUUCCACCAAGUAUGCUUUUAUACAUAGGAUUGUUCUUAUUUGUUAAUACGAAAAUCGGGACACCAAAAAUAUCUCUUUGUUGAAUAGUAUUCAAAACUAUGUUCAUUUAUUCUUAAUUAUUUUAAAUUAAAAGUAAAAUUGUAAAAGGCAAUUUACUAUUACUAUUACAAAAGUGCAGCUUUCGAAUUGAUAAAUAACUAAAUCAGCACAUGUAUAUUUUAUCUUAAUCAGCCACAUUCUCAGAUCUUUACGAGAAGAUUUUUGUUUGAUAUGUAAGAGAAGAGAAAAUAUAUCCCAUCAUUAAUAAACUUAACAAUUUUAGUAGUCUUGAUACUUGUUAUUAAUUGA